AUGGGCAUCGUCGAUCGUCGUGAUCAUCAAGAAGAAUGUCUGACACAGCUGAUGGUUUACCCGAUGCCGCUGAUCAACGAUCUACAGGAGGAUCUCGAGUCUACAUUGUGGUAUUGCUCCCUUGAUAUGGCGAGUGGGUUUUGGCUGGUGAAGAUGAUGGAUCGAGCCCCCCUGAUCUCGGCCUUUAUCACCCCAUUUCGACUUUUCGAGUGGAAUGGGAUGCCUUUUGGGCUGAAGAAUGCGCCGCAAAUCAACCAGCGAAUGAUCAACAACGCCUUGUAUGGGUUCACUCGGAUCCCGAAAACGGCAGGUGAUCUGGAGUGUCCGGAUAUAUAUGCAAAGCCGGAGAACCUGAAGAUCCAGGCAAACCAUCGAUCCUACAUCGACGACAUCUUAGUACCAGAGGAUCAUUGGGAUCAGUUAUGUGACCGAGUCGAAGGUCUUCUGGAGACCGUUGUCAAGAGUUUAUGGGGCAUGCCCAAGGUGGAAUAUUUCGGUCACAAGGUAUCGCACGAUGGCUUAGAGGCGAAUCCGAAGGAUCUGUCGGCAUUGACGGAUCUCGGGUUUCCCGGAUCCCUUCGCUUCAUCGAUGAUUAUGCGAUAUACGCGUCUGUGCUAUCUGAGUUGAGGGCGAUCGAUUAUGCUGCGAUGGGUAAGGGCAUAAAUGGAAUAUGGAUUCAGCUAUCACUAGCGUCGGAAUCCCCGGAUCCGGACAUAUCCUUCAAGGUCCUAAAGGAGAAGAUCGCGAAGACACCGAUCCUGCAUCACUUCGAUCCUGAUCGGCAAGCUGUGGCAAUUGUAAAUGCCAGUGAUUUAAACGAUCUCCGAUUCAAUGCAUUACAAGGUCGCCUGGGACAGUGGGCCGCGCCACUUUCACCCUGGAUCCUCGAGACCGUUAAGUGUAACAAGGGAGAGGAUGAAAUCUUGGGCACAUUAACAGCCAGUAUUACUCCCAGAUCCAAAGUCGACAAAGCACUGAUCUUGAUCGCCCCGAAGAAGGAGCCGAGACGCAAGGUCCAACCCCGAUCCCGACAAUCGGAUGAGGAUCUGUAUGUCGCUAGCUUCGACGGAUCUGCCCGUGUCAAGCGAUGUGUAGGCGCCUACAUCGCGAUCCUGUGA